GCAAUGACUUCUUUCGCGUCGCCGAACUCGUCCCUCGAUGGAUCCGCCGCUGAGUUCGUUCCGUGUGAAGAACUUCGUCAGGAACUGAAUAGGCGCACCGCUAUUUCCGCUAUCAGAGAAAUGCUCGAACCGAUUUUCGACAAGAGAGGAGUUCAUUUUCGCAACCAACUUGACCAGCUUAAAAAGGUCGCUUCGAACAAAAGUGUGAAUGCGUCGCACUUAAUUGGCGACAUCCUUGGAGAUGUUGCGACUCUGGAUCCGAAUCGCGCGCCUACCGGUUUCCGCUUUUUCAAGCAGCUCCGGACCGCUCUGUCCGUUUCAGAUGGAUGCGAAUUAGAGGCCGGACUAACUGGUCGCAUGCACGAACUCACAAAGGAGCUGAUUUCGGGUAACAGUUUGCAACAGCUCUUGCUCCAAUCCAUUCGACCAGACACAGCAUCCUCCGUACCGUGUGAAGAAGCCGGAGGCGAUAAACCGGACCAAUCAGUACCUCAGUGCACCAGCCGCUUGUUUGGCGUCCUGAUGAUGUUGAAUCUCCUCAUCACACGUUUAAAUUUGUCUGACUCUCCGGAUGAGUGUGUUUGUGUUCCACCAGCGUUACCCUGUGUUGAUUUGUGUCGCCUCGUCGAAGCCACUUGUCAUCUGCAGCUGACUUACCACCGUGCGUCCUUCUCUGAUGAUCCUAGCUUCAGCGAAACCGUCCUGUUCGAUCAAAAGACUUGGGCAAGCUUCGUUUACCAUGCUUGUGACUCGUUUUCUCAGUGUCUGCUAUUCAUCAAUUGUUUGCUCGCACAGGCAAACUCACACAUUACCAAUGGGUCUUGGUCCAAUGGCACUCAUGUCCUCAACCACACACAUGAGGGCGAAUCGAAUUCGGGCCAUUUCGGUACGUAUGCCACCGUCUCCAGCCUUAUGAGCGCCGUGCUCACGCAAAUGCGAGAAUUAUUGCUAGACGAGCGUUUGCCUUCUAAACUCAUGCGUACCACUGUUUUGGAUCUGCUGCUUACUUCUGACCAACUUACCAACUAUCCUGCACUCCCGGCCGAAUUGGAAUCAGGUUCCAACGAAUCUGUUGGGGACGAUGUGUACGAAUGUUACCAGCACUUUCUCGAAGAGACCAACCAAGUUUCCACAGGUUAAUAGCAUGCUAGAUCGCCUUGCCUAAUUCGAUUGUGUUCUCAUUUCGUUCAAGCAGGGCUGUAUGCAAAACCGUACUUCCGUGUACAUUUCCUUGUCUUUCUGUUUUGUUUCAAAAUACAUCGUAUCCGCACGUCGCGUUUGGUAUGUUCUGGUGGGGAAACCAUUGUUGGAGUGAUCACAAUAGUCAUCGAACUGUACCUCUAUGCCGUCGGUUAAUUAUCCUUCUAUUUGUGCUUGGUUCCUC